UCUCCAUUUCAUUCAUUCACUUACCAUCUUCCAUUUAUUUAACUCCCGAUCUUCAAUUCUCAAUUUCUCUCAAAUUAUCCUCUCUUCACUCUAAAAUCUUUGAUUUUCUUUUCAAAUAUUUCAUCAAAACGACAUCAUGAAAAACAGUCGUCUCCAAGACUGGCCCGAACCAAUAGUCCGAGUCCAAUCCUUAUCGGAAACCUGCCAAUCCGAAAUCCCGACCCGAUAUAUUAAACCGCCUAGAGACCGGCCGGCUACGCUUACGUCACCAAUCGCCGGCAAUGACGUUAACAUCCCUGUAAUUGAUCUCGCCGGAUUAUUCGGCGACGACUAUGACCUUCAUGCUUCGACACUUCAUAAAAUUUCUAUGGCGUGUCGUGAGUGGGGAUUUUUUCAGGUGGUAAACCACGGAGUUUCGCCGGAGUUGAUGGAUUCCGGUAGAGAAUUAUGGCGGCGGUUUUUUCAUUUGCCGAUGGAGGAGAAGCAAAUUUAUGCGAACUCGCCGGCGACUUAUGAAGGUUAUGGGAGUAGAUUAGGGGUAGAAAAAGGAGCUAUUCUUGAUUGGAGUGACUAUUAUUUCCUUCAUUAUCUUCCUUUUUCUUUGAAGAAUUUAAAUAAAUGGCCUGCUCUUCCUACUAAUUGCAGGGAAGUGAUUGAUGAAUAUGGUAAGCAAGUAUUGGAGCUAUGUGGAAGAUUAAUGAAAGUAUUAUCAAUUAAUCUUGGAUUAGGAGAAAAACAUCUACAAGAUGCAUUUGGUGGUGAUAAUGUUGGAGCUUGUUUAAGAGUUAAUUUUUAUCCUAAGUGUCCAAGACCCGAUUUGGCCCUGGGUCUAUCCUCCCAUUCGGACCCGGGUGGUAUGACCCUUCUCUUGCCGGACGAUCAAGUGGCCGGACUUCAAGUCCGGCACGGAAAUGAUUGGACUACGGUAAAGCCAGUUUCACAUGCAUUUAUUGUCAAUAUUGGUGAUCAAAUUCAGGUACUAAGCAACGCGAUAUAUAAGAGUGUGGAGCAUAGAGUGAUAGUAAACUCAGCUCAAGAAAGAGUAUCACUUGCAUUCUUCUACAAUCCGAAGAGCGACAAACUGAUCGAACCAGUGUCGGAUUUAGUGACGGAAGAGACACCGUCGCUAUAUCAACCAAUGACAUUUGAUGAAUAUAGAAUUUACAUUAGAACAAUGGGUCCUCGAGGCAAAUCUCAAGUCGAGUCUCUAAAAUCUCCAAGAUAAUAUUUUUCUAUUAAUCAUUAUUUGGAAUUGAUUGUAUACCAUGAAGGGGAUUUUGCCUCUUAGUCAGUAAUGCAAAUGACACAAAUUGUAGUAGUAAUUAUAGAAAAGAAGAAGAACAAAUGGAGAUUAAACGAAUUAACUGCACAGUAAAUGAGCAUUUACCGAGAGAGAUUUAUUA